CGGGGGCCGCAGCCCGGCUUUGUGCCACUUGUCGGGCGAGGAUUAUAUUCCCUCUCUCCCUGGCAUGGAGGACGCCGGCGUCCAGAGGGGAAUAUGGGACGGGGACGCCAAGACGGUCCAGCAGUGCUUGACUGACAUUUUCACCAGCGUUUACACCACCUGCGACAUCCCGGAAAAUGCCAUUUUCGGCCCCUGCGUCCUGAGCCACACAUCGCUAUACGACAGCAUUGCCUUCAUCGCCCUCAAGUCCACCGACAAGCGCACCGUCCCCUACAUAUUCCGGGUGGACACGUCUGCGGCAAACGGCUCGUCGGAGGGGCUGAUGUGGCUGCGGCUGGUGCAGUCGGCGCGGGAGCGGGAGGAACAGAACCUGGAGGCCUACAUCAAGAGCGGGCAGCUCUUCUACCGGUCUCUGCGCCGCAUCGCUAAGGACGAGGAGCUGCUGGUGUGGUACGGCAAAGAGCUCACCGAGCUGCUUCUGCUCAGCCCCGCACGGGCUCCUGCCCGCAGCAACGGAUCGCCGCCUUUCGCCUGCCCCGAGUGCAACCAGCGUUUCCAGUUCGAGCUGCCCUUCGCCGCCCAUCUCCGGUUCCGCUGCCCCAAGAGGCUGCAUGGCCCAGAUACCACUAGCCCCGCAGCCGAGGGUCCCGGCAGCAAGGACAGCGCCGGCAAGGAGCCGGAGGCCGGCAAGUACUGCAAGCCCGGCGGGCCGCUCCACCACCCCUUCCCUGGGGCCGACGGCGGCGGGGCCGCCGCCAGCAUCAAGCCCUCCACGGACUUCCACAACCUCGCGCGGGAGCUGGAGAACUCCCGCAGCGGCCACGGCGGGUCCCCAGGGAGGCCGGCGCCCCCCGAGGGCGGCCCCGAGACAGCGGCCGGGAAAGGCAAGCGACGAUACCCCGAGGAGGAGGAGCGGGGCUCCGGGACGGCCGCGCGGGGCCGUUUCCCGGCGGAGCGUCCCGGGCUGCCGUCGGCGCCCAAGGAGGAGCCCGUAUGCGCCCCGCAGCAGCAGUAUCGUGCAGCAGGCUCCUACUGCGGCUUGGAGGAGGGCGGCCGCCUCUUCGCACCGCCCAGCCCGGAGACGGGGGAGGCCAAGCGCAGCGCCUUCGUGGAGGUGAAGAAGGCGGCCCGCGGCCCCGAACCCGACGGCGGCGCCUCCGAGGAGGUCCAGGAGCGCGCUUCCCCCUCUGCGCCGGGUGCGGGCGGCAGCGAUCCGGGGCUAUGUCCCCGCAGCGGCCCCGGGGUCCCGCUAUCCGCUCGUCUAGAAGGGGGCAGCCCGGCUCGGGGCAGCGCCUUCACCACCGUCACGCAGCUCGGGGGAACCGGCCCCGGCGGUGGGGCUGAGGAGCGAAAGAGCGCCUUCUCUCAGCCCGCCCGCUCCUUCCCGCACGUCCCGCCGCUGGUGCUGGGCCAGAAGCUGGGCGGGCUGGGGGAGCCCUGCCCCGACGGCGCCGCCGCUCCCACCCGCCUCUAUGCUGCUGAGGCUCUGGCCGUCAAGCUGCCGGGCGGCGGAGAAGCGGCUGGAGGAGGCGGCGGUGGCGGGGGUGGAGGCGGCGGCGGGGGGCUGCCCAAACAGAGCCCCUUCCUCUACACCACCGCCUUCUGGCCCAAAAGCUCGGCGGCGGCGGCGGUGGCGGCGGCGGCGGCAGGGCCGCUGCAGCUGCAGCUGCCGUCGGCGCUGACGCUGCUGCCGCCGUCGUUCACGUCGCUGUGCCUGCCGGCCCAGAACUGGUGCGCCAAGUGCAACGCGUCCUUCCGCAUGACCUCGGACCUGGUGUACCACAUGCGCUCCCACCACAAGAAGGAGUAUGCGCUGGAGCCCCUAGUCAAGCGGCGCCGCGAGGAGAAGCUCAAGUGUCCCAUCUGCAACGAGUCCUUCCGCGAGCGGCACCACCUCUCCCGCCACAUGACCUCCCAUAACUAGAGGGAACACCCCCCUCCAACCACACUCCAACAGCACCCUGGACACCCGGGGACCCCCGACCGGCCCCUCAGAGGGCAGUGGUCGCCCGGAGCUUUCUUCCCUUUCCUUUCGAUGCACGCAUUUUCACUUUGU